AUGGGGCGGCGAGUACGCAAGAAACUCGAUGCUGUUCAGAGAGUUUUUUGUCAGAAGAUAUGCAAAGCGCACCGCACAGUUUCCCUUAACUCGGCACUGACGCUGGCUGGGAUAUUACCCCUAGACCUCAGAAUACAAGAGGCCGCAGCCUUGUAUGAAGCUAAGAGAGGGGUACCACAGCCGAUACUAGCAGACAGAGAGGUAGAGAAGAGGGUCGCAUACACCAAUACGCCUCAUCCGGCAGAACAAAUUGAACUAUAUUUUACACGCCUGGAAAACUGUGAACAGGUGGAGGAAAAAAGUGAGCAUCCUGUACAAAUCUAUACAGAUGGGAGCAAAAUCGAAGGAAAAGUCGGGGCAUCUCUAUCAUUUUGGGAUAGAAAUGCUGAAAUAAAAAGUGUCAAACUAAGUCUCCCAGCAUAUUGCACAGUCUACCAGGCGGAAUUGCUAGCUAUAAACAGGGCUAAAAAAGAGGUCUUAAAAAACCCGGCAACUGACUUCGGUAUUUACAGCGACUCUAGAUCUUCCCUAGAAUGUAUUAUAAAUUAUAACUCCCUACACCCCCUAGCAGUAGAAAUUAGAGAAAAUAUAAAGAUGGCACAAAAGUUGAACAAAACAGUAGCCCUUUACUGGGUCAAAGCACAUACGGGUCUAGAGAGGAAUGAGAGAGGGGAUCGAAUAGCUAAAGAAGCGGCACUGAGAAGCAAAAGGAAGGCAGAAUAUGACUUCUGCCCACUUUCUUUUAUAAAGAAGCAAAUCAGGAGCCGUACACUGGACACAUGGGAAGAAAGAUACCAGCAAGGAGAGACUGCAAAAGUAACAAAGAUAUUCCUACCCCAUGUGGUCAGUGCAUAUAAGGUAAUAAGGAAAAUAGAAACCUCCUCACUCACUACCCAAAUAAUGACAGGGCAUGGGGGAUUCUCCGAAUACUUGAAUCGCUUCAAGUGCAAGGAGAGUCCUGCAUGCAUCUGCGAGCCCAGUGAAGCCGAGACCGUGACACAUCUAAUUCUGGAAUGUCCCGUAAAUGGCCCAGAGAGGUAUGAUUUUGAAAACAAUAUAGAUUUAGAAUUAAAACUAGAAAAUAUACCCCUAAUCUUAAGUGAACAUACAAAAAUUUUCUUAGAAUAUUGUAAAAAAGUAGCUAAAAAAGCGAUUAAAAGGAAUGAAAAUAAAAUAAGCUAG